UGCAGGCAGUGAUCGCUGUGUUCGCGGGGACGGCUUUCAUUGAUACUCCAGAGCAGAAAAUUGGGGGGAAGAAACAUGGCGAGGGCAGCCAAGAGCGCUUGUGUGCUAUGUAUGGAUGUCGGGUUUGCUAUGAGCCAUUCCAACCGAGGGGAAGAGUCUCCUUUCGAGCAAGCCAAGAAGAUUAUGAUGUUGUUCUUGCAGAGACAGGUUUUUGCAGAGAGUAAAGAUGAAACUGCGGUCGUCUUGUUUGGUACAGAUGGCACCGAUAAUGCCCUUGCCACCGAAGAUCAGUACCAAAACAUUACCGUGCAGAGGCAUUUGAUGCUUCCAGAUUUCGAACUCCUCGAAGACAUCCAAAAUGUAAUUCAGCCAGGUUCUUCCCAGGCAGACUUCUUGGACGCACUAGUUGUGUGUAUGGACAUCCUUCAGAAAGAGACUUUGGGGAAGAAAUAUGAGAAGCUUCACAUUGCCGUUUUCACGGACCUCAGCAGUCCCUUCAGCCCGGACGAAGUGGAGAUUAUUGUGGCUAACCUCAAAAAAGCUGGGAUAACCCUUCAGUUUUUCCUGCCCUUCCCUCUAGAUGUGGAAAAUGGUGACCGUGGUGAAGGGAGCAGAGGGGAUGCUGACAAUGCCCGUAGGCCACAAGGUCCUGGCAAAGGAUUGUCUGAUGAACAGAAAGAAGGCAUUGAGAUGGUGCAGAAGAUCAUGUCCUCUUUGGAAGGUGAAGAUGGGCUGGAUGAAGUGUAUACCUUCAGUGACAGCCUGGAACAACUGUCCAUCUUCAAGAAGAUUGAACGACGGCCGAUGGCUUGGCCUUGCCAGCUCACCAUAGGCUCUAAUCUUUCUAUACGAAUUGUGGGAUACAAAUCGAUCACAGAAGAGAAGGUGAAAAAGUCCUGGGCUGUCGUUGAUGCCAAAACUCUCAAUAAAGAGGAUGUUCAGAAGGAAACUGUGUUCUGUCUGGAUAAUGAUGAGGAGACAGAAAUCCAGAAAGAUGACACCAUUCAAGGGUUUCGUUAUGGAAGUGACAUUGUUCCUUUCUCAAAAGUGGAUCAAGAACAGAUGAAAUAUAAGACAGAAGCGAAAUGUUUUGCUGUUUUGGGCUUCACUAGAUCGUCACAGAUUGACAGAACUCAGUUUAUGGGAAAUCAAGUUGUCAAAAUCUUUCCUCCAAAGGAUGAUGAGGCUGCUACCGUGGCUCUCUCUGCCCUGAUUCACGCCCUGGAUGAGACUGACAUGGUGGCCAUUGUGCGUUACGCUUACGAUCGAAGAUCGAAUCCCCAAGUUGGUGUGGCUUUUCCUCAUGUUAAAGACAAAUACGAGUGCUUAGUGUAUGUUCAGCUCCCAUAUGCAGAGGAUCUCCGACAGUACUUAUUCGCCUCUCUCAAAAACAACAAGAAGUUUACUCCAACAGAUACCCAGCUGUCUGCUGUAGAUAACCUCAUUGACAGUAUGUGUUUGGUGCAUGAAGAUGAAGAUGGUAUCGAGGACUUAUUCAAGCCGAGCAAGAUUCCUAACCCCCAGUUCCAACGCUUGUUUCAAUGUUUACAGUUCAAAGCCUUUAACCCCGAUGAACCCUUGCCACCCGUAGAACAGCAUCUUUUGAACAUGCUGGAGAUGCCAUCAGAGGUUAAAGCCAGGUGUCAGACUCCUCUUCAAAAACUGAAGUCCUGCUUUCCUCUAAAGGAAGCGACAAAGAAGAAGGAGCAGAAGACCGGACAGGAUAUAUUCGAAGAAAAAAAUGAAGAACCUGACGCUAAGAAAGCUAAAACUGAAGAUGACGAUUUCAAUCUCAUGCAAAUGGCCGAUGGGAACAUCACAUCUGUGGGCAGUGUCAGUCCAGAUAAAGAUUUCCGUUUGUUGGUGAGACAGAAAACCACAAAUUUCAAGGAUGUGAGCAAUCAGCUGAUUAAUCGUAUCAACGAAUGCUUGGAAACCAAACAGACGCAGUACUAUCUGAAGGCUAUGAACUGUAUCAAAGCAUUCCGAGCUGAAGCCGUGCGGAUGUCUCAGGUUCAACUCUUUAAUGAUUUCCUUCAGUCCCUGAAAUCGAAGACUGAAGGCAGUAAAUUGAUGGAAUUCUGGGAAAUCGUUGUACAAGAUGACAUUUCCCUGAUCACGAGUGAAGAAUCGAAGGGUAGCUCUGUGACUCCUGAAGAAGCAAAGCUGUUCUUGACUCAAGAAGAAAUGAAAACAGAACCUACAAGCGUAGCAGACGAGGAAGAGGAUGUGGAUGAUUUGUUCGAUAUGAUUUAAUGUCCAACAAAAUAAACAGCUGAUGUGACGACUAAGCACUUAUUGGAUAUUCGAUGAAAGAUCAGCAGAAUUGUACUAUACCGGCUAACAGGAUCAGUUGAUCUCCUUGGCACUCAUUAUGUGUGUGUAUACUGUAUCUCCACUGGUCUCCUUAUUUACUGUAUGUGUAUAUAUACAUACACAGACAGUUACUCCUUUGGACAAAGGUGCCGUGGAAUUAAUUUCUACUCCAUGUUGGUAGCUGCAGCUUUAAAGGCUUUACAUUGUUGCUUUCACCAGCAAUUUUUUUAUUAAAUAUAUCCUACUUUUCUCAGGUUUAUAUCUGCAGUUACGGUAAGGGGAAGGGGGUUUCUGAUUCAUGUCAAUUUGUAGAAAACGUUAGGGAAAAGACAAAGAAGAGGAUAUUGAAGAACUAAAGCCACUCAAUUUUAAGACAUCUUGUAUGAUGCAUUAUUUGCACUAGAAAUGUUUAGAUCUUUAAUAUCAAAUCUGUCCUUGGCAAUGCAAAGCCUUUAUCUGGUCGUCCAGAGUUGUAUCAUAGUCAUAAUCUCCAUUAUCUCUGUCAUUGUUACAUGAGUGAGAAAUAUUGCCCAAAUAUCAUGUCUGAUUAUGUUGACAAGGUGAUGGGGGCCUCUAAAUGGUAACUUCAUAUUCCCCCUGAAUCCUGGAAAACGUGGUCCAAAAAAAUCUGGGUGUGGGUAAGGCAACAUCAUCCAUCACUGCUCUAAGGUUAUCUUUUUAAAACUGGUGGGAAUAGUAUGCUUUAGAUUCUCUCCAGAACACUAAAUUCUUACAUUUGUUUUGGCCUGGCCCGUUUAAAACACAUGUCACUUGCAUUCAUAUAAUAUAAAAAUAAUACAUAAUUGACAUUCCAGUUGUCCAUCCACAUGUGCAGUCAAGUUGAUUUUUGUAAGUCCUGCACUCAUUCUUAAAAGUGGGGAUGAUUUAAUAAGAUUUGAUCAUUUAAGUUUUGUUUACAUGUCAUGUACUUCUAAAAGUUCCAAUACUGCUCGCACAGAUUCAUUCAUUUUAUUAAUCCCAGAAUUGUUUAUAAUCUGAGGAAAUGGCAUGCAUGCAAGUUUAUCAGAAUAUUCAUUUCUUUAUCACCCAAAACGUGCCUUUUGAAGUUCUCAUUGGAGAAUCAUGUCCUGUGUAAGUCCCACUAAUGUUAAAAGUAAAU